CGCAUUCAUAGAAAAGUUUACAUUAUUUCGUAGCUGAUAUUAUAUUUAUUUGUACUCAUUUUGUAAAGUGUGUUUAAUUUACAACGAUAUGACUGCAAAUCCAAAUGAAAUGGAAAUGUUGCGCAAAGCAAUAAGAUUACUACAUUCACCUCAUCCAAAUUCUGCGGUUGAGCUAAGGUUAAUGCUAGAUGAAGCUAUUAAACAACGUUUUGGCCCUGAGCUUAUGAUAUCGAAUAAUAUGAGCAAAAGUCUAAUGGAAUUGGAAGCUAACUUUCCAGGUCGUGCCGCCACACCGCCACCUCCGCCAGAACAUCCAACGACAAUGGAUCAGGACCCCACUGUAGAUGAAGUUAUUAAUUUAACUGGUUCUCCUGCGAAGACCAUAUCCGAUUCGCCGGAUACUAUAAUUGACUCUGAUGAUGGCGCAAAUAUCGGAGGAGCAAUGCUUGGAGGCGGCGAUGAGGAUGUUAAUCUGAAGGAGUUUGGCGAUUUAAAUUGUGCUGUUUGUGGUGAAAUGGUUUUCACUGCUACGAAUCGCUUAAUCGAAUGUUCAAAUUGUGGUACACUUUACCACCAAGAAUGCCACAAACCACCUAUCACUGAUGAAGAAGCCUCCGAAGGUCAAGAGCACAAUUGGCAAUGUGAUAAUUGUCUUAAUAAGCCUUCUACUAGUAAGGCAGCGGGUGUUGUUAUUGAAGAACCAAUCUCAUUAAUAUCGAAGACAAAGUCAUCAGCUACAUCUUCGCGUUCCUCAUCGACUUCAAACUCGUCCUCUCCUUUCGCAAUCAUACAGGCAGAAACACCUAGUACAUCCACAUCAGCUGUUCCAUCUGUACAAGUGCCGACAAUGUCUACAAGUAGGCAUCAUCAUCAUAAAAGCUCCCGGUCUCAUAAGGAAGAGCGUCCUUCGUCUAGUAGUUCAAAAACGGUAACAUCAAGCAGUGCCGUCAAUCCAACUUUCAAUGUCGUCAGUGCAAGUGAGAAGAGUUCUUCACAUUCGUCAAAGAAGUCAUCGUCGCACUCUUCUUCCUCCAGUAAAUCAUCGUCAUCGAAGUCGUCCUCAAAACACCAUGACAGUAAUAAGCGUAAAGCAAAGUAAACUUUUAAAAAUAUAAUUACAUAUCCGUUUCAUAUUAUUUCAAAUAACAGCAUA